ACCCAACACUCAGGCAUUGCAGUCAUAACCAACAGCUCUGUGAUACAUCUCCCUCUUCCAGCUUUCCAGGGAUGAAUUCAGCCAUCUACACAGAGGUGUCUAAUGCCACUGGAGAUGCUCUUGAGGACCCAGACUGACCCUGCAGGUCUCCAGUGCUGUACCUCCCAACGCCAUGCAGAUGUCUUAGAUACCCUAGGACUUCUCAAAUGAGUGGAGAUGCCUAUGUUUGGGGAAACAGGUCAAGCUCCUAGCUUUGUCUUUUGCCAUUUGCAUUUCCCCAGCCGUAUGAAACUUCAGCUCCAUUCACAGUUGGUCUGGCUGUUGAAUUAGUGAUGGUGCAAGUGGAGGCAUACGUUGGACAGAGUGCCCAUCGCUAAACUAAACAGGCCAUCUUCUAGUCCUGAGGCCAGCUGCUGGAGCAUCUUGUGGUUGAGGAACAUUUUCCCCAGGGCUGAGCACAUCGUUGCAUCUCUCCAGAGAGCAACUGUAGCGUAUGGGCUGUGCUGUUCUGUAACCUGCCUCCUCGAGUGCCAGCUGUGCUGUGCAUCGUGUCCACAGGGGUUUGACAGAGGUGAGAGAAGGUGUCUUCACCGUGGUUUGCUGGGGCUGCUUUCUUUUGUGUGGCAACAUCUGCAAGAUGGUUUUGCCUGCUGAGUCUUGCGGUAUGUGAGGUUUUGAGGGGCAAUGUUGUGUAGGAGGUAGGGAGUACAAUGGAUCUUCCAUGGCCUUUUUGUGAAAGAGAUUUGGGACAAUCAUGUUAAAGGAUCAACUUCAUGAGCGACAGCAGGAACGAAGGGAGGUGUGGUGGUGCCCGCUCCUUAAAGGCCUUUCAGCAGGGAGGUGUGUCCAGAGGAGAUAAGUUUAAGACCUGCCUCCACUGGGACAUGGGAUGGCACAGAGUGUCUCCUACUGUGCAAGUAGGACUCAAAGGAGUUUGGCAUCUGAUGUAAAAAGUGCGAUUGCAGCUAAAGGCAAACUGUGAAAGGCAAUGUGCUCUGAGUGUCUAAUUUUGAUCAGAUGACUCAAACCCUUUCUUUUUAGCAGGACAACAUGAAUGCGAUUUUUUUGCUUUACUGCUGCAGGAAGAGCCAGAAAAGAGUGAAAGCCAAUGUUUUGAAAACCCUUUCUUGUUAACCUCUUCCCCUUUCAUUUCUGUGUGCACAGAGAGGAAGAGGGAAGGGAGUGCUCCUUGGCCCAUGGAAAAGGCAACCUUUAAAACAAAAAGCUUGCCAACUAAGCUGCUUCACUUCCACUUUGACUUUUCAAAUUAGCAUCCUGGGGAUGCUUAUGUUCUCUGAGCCUCUGGUUUUAUUUCUAGUAGAAAGUACAUAGAAACUAGUGACCCUUUCACACUCUUGCCCUACAAGAUGACCGCAUCUCCUUUGUCUGAGGAAAAGAAGAUCUGAGAAGCCUUUUGCUAGUAGGAAUACAUUAAAGAUAGUUCUCAAAAAUGCAGCAGAGAGAAAGCUCAGCCACUUCUUCUAGAGUGAAUCCAUGUCCAUCAGAGCUCCUGCUACACCUGAGAUGACUCACUGGAGAGCAUUUUGGAUAUAUCUGAAUUCUGCAGAGCUUCAGGAGGCCUCUGAGAUUUGGGCUUCACACCUGUCAAAUGCACUGCUUCUGGUGCCCAACACCUGGGGUCUCACCAGGGAGGACGGACUGCCAGCAGGUUGCAAAGCAUGGCCAGGGAGCUGCCUACUGAAUAUCUCCUCUUUCCCAUUCUGCAGCCAGGCAAGGACAGUCCUUCCCCCAAGGAUGGGGGUGCAACAUGAGCCGGAUCCAAAACUCUGUUGAAGACAGAGUUAAUGAUGUUGAUGGAGGACAGCUUAGAAAGGACAUUCCAGAAAUAAACUCAGAAACAGGAAUGAAGCUUUUUGAGGGUGAUAUUAUCUUACCGCUGGAGAGGAAUGCUCUGAGAAACAACUCCUACAGAUGGAAUUUCCCCAUCCCCUAUAUCCUAGCUGACAGCCUGGAUCUGAAUGCUAAAGGUGUUAUCCUGCAGGCGUUUGACAUGUUCAGGCUGAAGUCUUGUGUUGAUUUCAAGCCCUAUGAAGGGGAACAGACUUACCUGAAGUUUGAGAAGCUGGAUGGGUGCUGGUCUCAUGUGGGGGACCUGCAGAGUGGCCAGACAGUGUCUAUAGGAGAGAGAUGUGACUAUAAAGCCAUAGUGGAACAUGAGGUCCUGCAUGCCCUGGGAUUUUACCAUGAGCAAUCCAGGACAGAUCGCGAUGACUAUGUUCAGAUAUGGUGGGAUGAAAUUAUUGAAGGUUUUGCAUAUGCCUUUGACAAACACAAUGAUAGUUUCCUUGAUGACCUCAAUACCCCAUAUGAUUAUGAGUCAGUCCUGCACUAUGGACCAUAUUCUUUCAACAUCAAUAGCAGCAUUCCUUCUAUUACAACAAAAAUUCCUAAAUUUAAUGAGAUCAUUGGGCAGAGGCUGGAUUUAAGCAGGAUUGACUUACUGAGGCUGAAUCGCAUGUACAACUGCACUUCAAGCCUCACCUUCCUGGACCAGUGCUCCUUUGAAUUCCUCAGUAUCUGUGGGAUGGUGCAAAGCAGACAAGACGGUGCUAACUGGGAACACACAUUGGGCAGACCAGGAGAAGAAGACCAUACUUUGGUGGGAAGCUGUGCAGGUAGAGGAUAUUUCAUGCACUUAGAUACAAAAACUGGACAUGCUGGUCAGUCAGCUCUUCUGGAAUCUCGCAUCCUUUAUCCAAGGAAGAAGGAAAAAUGCCUUCAGUUUUUCUACAGGUUAAAUGGAAAUCCACAGGAUAAGCUAGUUAUCUGGAUUAAGAAAGAUGAUGGAACUGGAAAUGUUAGACAGAUGGAAAAGCUGCACACUAUUACAGCUGAUGGAGAACAUCACUGGAAAUUGGCCAGCAUUCCCUUUGGUGUCCAAACCAAAUUCCGGUAUGGGUUUCAGGGCAUCAGAGGAGAUCCAGCCCAGUCUGCUGGGGGGAUAGCCAUCGAUGACACCAGCCUGACAGAGACGAACUGCCCCACCAAUGUCUGGCACAUCAGAAACUUCACAUCUCUUUUUAACAGUACUUCAAAAGGCGAUUAUAUCAUAAGCCCCGUAUUUUACAGCUCGGAAGGCUAUGCCUUUGCUUUACAGCUGUAUCCUCACGGAAGAAAUUCAUCAUCCUACGUGAAUUACAUGGGGAUUACUUUCCAUCUCUGCAGUAGUCCAAAUGAUGGCCUUCUGGAAUGGCCGGCCGGGCACAGACAAGUUGUCUUGUCUGUUUUGGAUCAAGACCCUGAUGUAAUCCACAGGAUGUCCCUCAGCCUUAGCUUCACUACGGACCCAAACCAGCUAGUAUAUGGCAGAAAUGACACCCUGCAGUGGGACAAGCCAUCUAUCACUGGAAAUUUUUCUUCUUUCUGCAACUGCUACAUGAGCCCAGGUGUUGGCUGGAAUACGUUCCUGACCCACAGGGAGCUGCACUGGAAAAAAUUCCUUAAAAAUGACAGUCUUUUCAUCUUUGCUGAUUUUGAAGAUCUCACCCCUCUGAUUACAUCUGAAGUCCCAGUCCAUCCUUGAAGUGCCCGGAACUUCUUGACUACAAGUGCAGUCAUCUAUGACAGAUAAAAUAUAUUUCUUCACUUAAGAAACUGUAUUCUGUGGUUUCUGUAUUUUAAGAAUUUGAACUAGGCUUCCCUGUUCAUUUUAAGAGACUAUAUUCCUAGACUUUUCAAAGAUUAUUUUGGCCCAAGCAAUGAAGGGCUUCUCUUAGUUAUAUCAUCUUUUUUCUUCGCAUGUUCUGUUCUUUUUGUUUAUCUUUGCUGAUGGCAAUGCUUACUUCCCAGCUCUUGUCUCUGAAAUCUCGGUGUCCAGCUUUCCCAAGCCAGAAGCACCGGUGCUUGACGUCCAAGACUUCCAGGACUUCCCUUUACUCCCUAUGGCCAUUACCACUUCUUCAAGCCCAGCUUUUGAUAACAGUCACUCCCAAGUAUUCAGCUUGUUAUGUCACUGCUAAAAAGAAUAGCAUGCUUCCUUACCUUCAUCUGCAUCUGGACCCAAUUCAACAUUACUGAGAAGUUUUCGUGAAAACAGAAUGGGAAUUUGUUUGGAUCUUAUGGUGGGUUGACCCUGACUGGUCACCAGGUGCCUUCCAAGAUUCUCUGUUGCUUCCCCUCCAUCCACAAGAUGGGGAAAAAAAUAUGAUGACAAGCUUGGUAAUG